AUGGUAAAUACCGAGAAGACACCCCCUUCAGUCUGCGCUUCCCCACAUGCAGACUCACCUCACACUUUGGUUGCCUGCGAGACUCCAAUACCCAACAGCCCGACUGAAAAUUUUGAUCCAUGUGAUAUGACUCCUGAAACAACACUUGUCUCGGUCGACGCGUCAGGUAACGAACAAACAGAUCACAUGGAAGUAGACUAUUCAACCGACGCACGUAAUUCCACUCUCAUUUGUACAGAACCGUAUACUCCCAUGGCACUGCCAGCUACACCACAGACAGCGCCAAUAAUAUCAGGAGACACAACGCCUACUCCUUCUUCUCCGGUACUCAAUAUGUCUCUACCAAGUACUCCUUUAUCCGCAGCUCCAAGCGCUGGUUCAAGUGAAAUCGUGGUCGGUUCAAUCGUAUACGUUGACGUACAUAAAUCAAUGAGCGACAAGCGUGUAUAUAGACAGGCAGAAGUCUUAUCAAUACGCACGAAUGCAAAGACAGGAUUGGAGGAAUACUACGUCCACUUUAUAAACUUUAACAAACGCUUAGACGAAUGGAUUGACCCAGGCAGGAUCGAUCUUGCUCGAAUGAGUGAUAAUUCCAGCCCUAGGCGCAAGGCCAGGCUUGUUCUCAAGGGCUCAUCACAAGACUACGAUUCCCCCUCUCCCUUCAGCUCUCCCAUGACUGUAAACAGUGUCCAGUCGACACCUACUACUACAUUUUCCAAAGAGAAAGAAAUAGAAAAGUUACGCACAUCCGGAUCCAUGACAAAGUGUCACUCUGAAAUUGCACGCGUAAAGAAUCUCGAAAGAAUUCAUAUUGGAAAACAUGAUGUCGACACGUGGUAUUUUUCGCCGUUUCCACCCGAAUUUGCUAAUGCGUCGAUAGUAUACAUCUGCGAGUUUUGUCUGUAUCAUUUUAUGAGCGAACGACAGUUCAGGCGUCACUUGACAAAAUGCGAAGUAAUUCAUCCACCGGGUAACGAGAUCUACCGUGAUACUAAUCCGAACGUAUCAUUUUUCGAGAUUGACGGUGCACGCCAGAAAACAUAUUGUCGCAACCUAUGUCUCCUUUCCAAGCUCUUUCUCGAUCAUAAGACACUCUAUUACGACACCGAUCCGUUUCUAUUCUAUAUAAUGUGUCUCCGAGACGCGAAGGGAUGUCAUAUAAUUGGGUACUUUUCAAAAGAGAAAGACAGUACAGAAGGAUAUAAUCUUGCCUGUAUUCUUACUCUGCCACAAUAUCAACGUCGGGGAUAUGGAAAAUUAUUAAUUUCAUUUUCGUACGAGCUAUCUAAACGUGAGGGAAAGAUAGGAGCUCCAGAGAAGCCGCUUUCCGACUUGGGAUUAUUGUCAUAUCGUGCAUAUUGGACAGAAACGCUCGUAGAAGUGUUACUUGAAGCGAACCAGUCAAACGACGAAGUGUCAAUUGAAGAGUUAUCGAUAAGGACGAGUAUUAGUGUGCAAGAUAUAACGACAACGCUGCACUAUAUAGGUGCAAUUAAAACAUUGAAAGGUCAACCCGUGAUUAUGAUACCGUCGAGCGUACUCGAGGCGUAUUACAGGAAUAAAGAGAAAAAUCGAUCUAGUAUCAGGCCGGAAUUGUUGGCUGAGUGGAAACCACCAAAAUUUACGCCCAGUCAAUUGCGAUAUUACUAA